AUGGGAACGCAGUUACUUCUUCUUUUAGUGACCGAGGCGUUCGUUACCCUUGCCACUACAGAUGAAUAUUGUUGUGGUGCCCUGGUUUUGGCGGAAUCUCUGCGGAGAGUUGGCACAACUAGACAGAUUGUAUGCAUGGUUACCAACACGGUGUCAGAAAUAAUGAGAGCAUCGCUUGAUAAGACUUUUGACCGCGUCGUUCUCGUUGACGUUUUGGAUAGCAAUGAUACGGAAAAUCUUAGGCUUCUUUCAAGACCCGAUCUAGGUGUAUCAUUUACAAAACUUCAUUGUUGGCGUUUGACCGAGUACACGAAAUGCGUUUUCUUGGAUGCUGACACCUUGGUUGUAAAAAAUGUUGACGAUCUUUUCGAGCGGGAGGAGUUGAGUGCUGCCCCUGAUCCAGGCUGGGCCGACUGCUUCAAUUCUGGCGUCUUCGUCUUUGUUCCCAAUCUAGACACUUAUCGUGCUCUGCUUGACUUGGCUUUUUCAGAAGGCAGCUUUGAUGGUGGUGAUCAGGGCCUUCUUAACCUUUACUUUUCUGAUUGGCCCACCAAGGACAUCCGUCGUCACCUUCCUAUCACAUACAACUGCAUAGCCCAGAUCUUCUACUCUUAUCCACCUGCAGUAAAGCGAUUCGGCUACCAGAUCCGCAUCGUCCACUUCAUCGGCACUUUAAAGCCCUGGCAGCAUCAGGUCAACGCUGACACUGGCUGCCUCACUUUGGGUGACGAGAUCAGCGCCCAUUCACUCCAAUUUCUUAAUUUUUGGUGGCACAUAUUUUUGACGGACGUCAAACCGAAAAUCAACCCUGAUGUCGUUGACGCUCGAGCUGCCCAUGGUGGUUUGGUUGGCCAUUUGGCAAAACUCGACGUAUCUUCAGGCCCGAUCCUUCAGCCACCAUCGUCGCUAUUGCCUUCUGCUGAUCGUCAAAGCAGGUGGGAGCGUAAUGAGAUCGAAUACACCGAUGCCGAUCGGUUUUCGAACAUCCAAGCCGCUCUGGAUAAACAAAUCAACGAGUAA